AUGGGCAAGUCAUGGAAGCCAAACAAAGGAGACAAGCAAUACCCGCGAGAUGGUGGCGCAGAGUCCUACUACCGACUCUGGCGUGGGGCCUACUCGCCCAGGGCUCCAUGGCGGAACCACAGCGACGCCGACUACAAUGCAGCGGCUUUCCCGAGCUACACCCAAGUUGCACCGAAAGCAACGGCUCCAAUCCCGAGCUCGGAGACCAAGCCACCGCCAGGCGAGAUGCAGCUGCUCCAGAAGGCCGUCACUACGGCCAAGAAAGCAGAGAACAAAGUUCGCAAAGUAGUGGCCGAUCGCGAGACCAAUUCUCGACAAUGGGACCAGUACCUGGAGAACAUGAAGAACAACUACAUACAGGAGUUCUUGAAGCACCAGAAGGACCAAGCGUGGUACCAAGAGGAACUCGAGUCAGCACUUACCCAACAAGAGACUGCACGGCAGGCAGUCAAGAGAGCAAUCCAGGGAGAGCCGACACAGGAGGACCCUGGAACAGGAAGAGAGCAAGAGAUUGCGACCUCUUGGCAGAACAUGCGGGACGCCUGGGAGAGACCCAUGGAUGUCGACUUCAACGGGGUCAUACAACGUGCGAUGGAAAGCAUGGCACCAGUGGGUGCCGCACCAGUCACUGGUCCGAAAAGACUCCGACCAGAAGUCGUGGGGCAGUUCUUCACACCGGAAGCCUUUGCCUUUAUGCAGGCCCAAGCUGGCUUCGCUUCGGCGGCGGCAGCUCAUGGUGCUGCCCCGACUCCUCUGGAGCCAUUUCCUUCUCACCCGCCGCCUCCGGGUUUUGGUCAUCCAGGCAAGGAACCAGGAUCUUCGGCAAGUCAAGCAGACACGUCAGGAGGAGCUCCUCCACAGAAGAUGGAAACCUCACCUGCCCAUCCAGGGAUGCGCGAACCAGGACAGCAUCGUGUGCCGACAUAUGCAGAGCCCCCUCGCUCGGAUGUCAAGACUGCCACCAAAGUCUCCCCGGGAGGCCGGGUGGACCCACAUGGCACACUGGCACAGAAGUUGGAUGCCAAGCGCCAGCAAGAGCUUCAGCGAACGGCGAUGCAACCCUUUGGCAUCCAGCGCAAACCACCGGAGACAGUGGAUGGACAAGAUUUGGAAGACCAGGAUUCCGAUCAGGAUCUGGAAGAGCUCCACCGUGCUGGGGCUCCGAACGCUGACUCCAAUGCCAGUGAUUGCAUACCUCGCUGGGAUCCUCUCCCACCUGACAUCCUUCUGGUCUCGAUCGAUGUCGGUGGCAUUGGGUCCUCUUCUUCCUCGCGGAAAUCGGAGGGGGUUACUGCAUCUCACAGCCAUUUGCAGUUGAUCACGGAGUUGCCGUGGCGCCACAGGGCCUCGCUCGAUGUCUUUGGCAAUCGCAUGACCGGCCUCCCCGAGUUCACUGACUUCCUUGAGCAAGUUGGUUCCUUCCUGGUGCCAUUGGGCAGGGCCAUCCUUUUCCAUUUUGCACUGGCCCUCUACCUGAGCUACGACGAGGAUUUUAUGGAGUCUCGGUCCGUCCUCCUGUGGCAACCGGUUGAUUCUUUGGCUCCUCUCGUAUCAGUCAGCGUGCCGGUCACACCCGAACACUUCCUUCAAACAGUCGUCGACAAUCUCAGCCCCAGGAAGCUCUUCUUUGCGGCUGACCUGGACUUUGUCGAACCUCAGCCAGAGGAGGGCUUUAUGUCACUACUUCUGGUUCCGCAGUGGCUUGAGCAAUCUGACUUUGCUGAGAUCAUCUUUGACUUUUCUGCAGUUGGGGGUCCGGUCUAUGCAGCCAUUGUUGCAAAACACCUCCCUCAUGCUCAGGUCAUCGAACAUGCCAGCAUGCACACAGAGUCCCCUUGGGAUGCUUUCCAGACGGGACAGUCUGAGCCGCUACGAUCAGAUAGGCGCAUUCGGGUUGUAACUGGCGACACCAUCAAGUUCGUCGCGGUUUAUGGUAGUCCUCACUGGUACCCGCCCUCCACUGAGUGCCUUAGAGAUCCGGAUUUCCUUUCAGCUGACAUCCGACAGAUCGUGAGCGAAGAAGUUUCAGACUCCUGGCUCAUACUUGCGCCAGACAUCGAACGAGACAUCCUCCAUUCAGGUCAGCCAGAUGCCCAACUCAAAGAGCACGCUGCCAGUGCCCUGCACUGCCGAGGAGACCAGCUCAUGCUGUGCAUCCCUGACAAAACCAAAUUUCAUCCGUUUGUCCACCAGGGCGCCCUUCUUGCAGGUGUGAUUGCGGCGCGACAACUGACACCGUCAGAGAUCUGCGGUGCUGGCCCUGGUGUCCUCAUUGUUCUUGACUGUCGGCCCGUUGGCAGAAAACCCACCUUCUUUCACAACAGGGACCCACACGUCGGUGAAGCGGUCUUGCAUCAUUUUCUUGAUCUACGACCCCCCCGUGGCUUCCAGCUUGUUCUCAGUGGUCUCCCAAGAGUCGGGGAUGCAUUUUGGGCUUACAACGGCAGUGUUCUCCGCGUUGACUUUGAGCCUUCCUGCCUCACCCCACCGCAUGGGUCUACCUGUGACCCUACCGACACCGGUGGAGCCAUCGCAAUGCGCAAUCCAUACCAGGCUACAGGCGGCUGCCAAGGUGUUCCGUGGCAAAGAGCAGCGGAUGUAACCCGCGAUGUUCAUCCACCAGCCCGUUUUGAUGAUGAGGCACGCACGCCACCACCUGUUGCCUUCACGAGGGAAAGACCGCAGGGAGCGCCUCCAGCAACGUUCCUACAUGGCCACUUCUUGGUAUUUGCGCCACGAUACCGUGCUGAAGUGCUCCCUCUAGUCAUGCGAGUACCGUGUGCACAAGACGAUGCGCUCAAUGAAAUACAGGAAGCCCGGAACGAGGAUCAAUCCCUGUACUUUGAUACCCUCCUUCCUGUCGAGCCUCAACCCGACAAUCGUUUUGCCUGCAUCCUGUCCCUGCCUGAGUGGGCCACCACACUGUGUCAUGUCUUAGUCGACCUCCGACAGGUCGACGGCAGGCUCUUCAGCAUUACUCUGCCCGAACGACUCUCCAGAGCCUCGCUACUUGCUUUUGUUGCGCUUGCCGAUGCGCCAAGGCUGCGCAUAUUUCUCGCUGACCGACUUCUUCCUGCCGAAGGGGACAUAGUUCCGGAGAAUGGAGGCCUGAUCACGUUUGUGCCAGAAGGCCGACACCUUGGUCCGCUCUAUCCCUUCGACGAACUUCUCGGCUCUGAGCGUAACUGGACUAUACCGUGCCCAAUGUACCCCGGACCCAUCCGGUCGGCCGUGCUUAUAUACAACGAUGAUGUACCCAAAGUCAUCUCGUACGAGCCGACUCCAGCAGACACUCUCACUGUGUUUCGAAGGGUUGUAGCCAGUUUCCUUGGCUACGACCUUGCAGACACCAUCCUGCAUCCAUCUAAUCCUGCAAUAGAGGAUGUAGAGCACUUUGGUUAUACCUGCAAGUCGAUCUGUGUUGCCACCCGGCACUCCAAUCGACCUACCAGCGGUGAGGGACAUGACGACACACAUAUAGUCAUUCUUGACACCAGACCGAUUCUUCGGGACAUCGAAUGGCUCACCGCUGAUCAAGGGAGACUUGACUUCGAUGGUCUGUGUGCCAGAUUUGAUGCAGAGGCACCACAGGGUCACCCCACCAGCAUCAAAGGAGGUAGACAUGAACUUCGAGCUGAGGGCACACUCGUGCAUGUCCCACAGGCUGGGAUCCUUGUGGUUCAAUAUAUUCCCGACUUCCUUGAAAACUCGCCGACCUCCAAUGAUGCAGAACUCUACGGACAGGAGCAAGAAGAUGCGCAAGAGGACUCUGAGUCCACCUGCACUGAUUCCAGUGACCCAUCUGAUGACGACGGGGCAGAGGCUGGCCAGCGUGAAAGGCCCUUGCGGCUGUUCAAGGUGCCAGGCCAUCCGCUGACCGAAGACGAUUUCCGAUCCUUCACCCUGCGAAUCCACAGCCAGCUGAUCGAUGGCCGUCUGUUUGCAUACCGUGGCCGCACCUACGCUGACCGUUUUGCCCUCUUGCAUCUAGCAGGCCUUCCACACCAGCUUGCGAUUGAUGUCUACGUAGGCCAAGACCUUGUCCCUCUUCCAGACGGUACAGAUCUGCACCUCACUCCUGGGGUUACGGUUCGCUUCGUGCCUGCCGGACUGCCUGUUGCGCACGCUGCCGAAUUUGCAGACUGCCUACGCAACCCUGCCUGGUGGAGCUUGGUACCAUACACGGUCGCCCAUAGUCAGGUUGCUAGGUAUGGAUUAGUCUUAGAUGGUCAGAUUGUCCUGCAUGAGACUGAUGUAACCUGCCCGACCAGGUAUAAGCAUCAGAUUGCGACAUGUAUAGGUCUUCCGGUCUCUGGAUUCACACUUUGCCCAGCCAAUCCAAGGACGACGGACUGUGCCAUCAAUGGGCACCCAGUUCGAGCCAUCAUCGGGAUUGUCGAAGGUGCCCAAGCGGCCUUGCCAGCGUACUGUGCUUUGGUCGACUGUCGGCCCCAAUGCAAUGGAUGGUUUACCAUCUCCCUCAACGGUGGACGUAUCGAUGCCUGGGAGCUCCUUGACAAUCUGGACAUGCAAGCUCCACGGGGAUGGCGGUCUCUCCUUGUGGGCCAUCCCAGUUCUCAACAGUACGCGGCUGCCCAUCCCGGCAGCGUGUUCGUUGCAGAAUAUGCUCCCUCACGACCAGCUCCCAUCCCUCUACUGCAUGGAGCGUCCCACGACGAAGCCUCUACAACUCCGCUACCAGCUAUCCCUCACCAGGAAGGAGAUCAGAUGUCUGCACAGCCCAGAAGCGGACCCAAUGCUGAUCCUGCGACUCCUGCAGCGUCCUCUGCCGACGCAACUGCUGAAGGCCUGCAGAGCUCUUCGAGUGAACAGGCGACGAGCCAACCAUCAGCCUUCGUUACAGCCACCUUCUGCAUUCUAGGUCAACACUAUGAGGAUGAGCUUGUCCGAGUUAGGAUCCCCGUUGGCACAACGCCUUCGGAAGCAGUUGAGGCAGUCAGUGCAGCCCGUGAUCCAGCUGUCCGCAGUUACCUCCCCAGAGUGGGACAUGUUCCUAUCCAGUCCCUUGACGGAAUUGCGGUUUUAGUGGGUUUGCCUCUUUGGGACUCUUCCGGCCUCAUACACGAUCACAUCAUUGCGGCCAUUGAUCCCGUUCCACCCUCGGAACCAGAUGCCGACAGAAUCUUCUGUUUCGUCGAUGCACGGCCCCUGCUACUCCGCGUCGAGUGCCUCCUCGCCUACGACGGCAUUUUGCCAUGUGCAAGGCUUCAAGCGCAAUAUGCCAGCAGAUGCCCUCCGGGUUUUGUGCUAUGUUACUUCGAACAGGAUGGCUUUGUACAUCCUGUCAUCCGGGACAUCAGAGUGCGAGGCUUUGAGGUUGUUGUGCUCACCUUCCUUCCUGCACACUUUAUCCCAGAUCCGCAAGAGACUGACAGCUCGUUGCCCCCACAAGAGGACCCGUCGUCUCGCGAUGACGAGGGGCCGGAUGAAUCACAGGAGGAUGGCGAUUCCGCUGCUGCGUCGCAACAGUCUGUUUCCAUUGACGCGUCGACAGGGGUCGAUGCCGGCACUGGUGGCUCCAGGCGUUUUGAUUCACAGCUCGCACCCAUCCAAUCUGCUGCAAAUUCCUCCCGGCAUGCUGCCAGAGGGAGGUACUGCUUCCAAAUCAAUGAUGCGAUCAUUCCAAGGGGGAUACCAAGUGUGCGCCGCCUUUCCGUCAAGUGGAACUGGGUCAAUGUACUUCCCGCCCUUACAAGAGGGCUGCCCGGGGACACCUCUGAUGAUGAUGUCGGCCUCCUUCGUUGGAUCCUCUUUCUCCUUGCCAUUUGCGGUGCCUUUCUCGCCCUCAGCCUUAGGGCUCUGAGCCGCUUUCCUACUCUUUGUGCAGUUGGGCUGCUCCAUGUCCUUCUUCAAUCGCACGGUGCGAUUGCGGUCCAGCUUGGGGAUACAGCUAAGGUCAUUGCCAUCCGACCUCCCAACUCACAAGGCGAUAGUCGAGAUUUCAAAGGUCGAGCAGGUUUCCUCAGAGAACAGCUCGACUCCUUGAACAUCCAUGUGGCAGCGCUCCAAGAGACGCGGGCGUUAGCCAGCGACACGAUUACCUCGCACUCCCACAUCCGCUUUUGUUCCGGCAAAGACCCAGCCGGUUGCUUGGGAGUCGAGAUUUGGUUUAGUCGACUUCUCCCUUUCCUGGGCGAUAGGGGUUCCAAGACUUACUUCCAGCCGGGAGACUUUCUCGUUGCUUUCGCUGACCCACGAACACUGGUAGUGCGAUUUGCCAGGGGCAGCAUCAAGAUCCUAUUUGUCUGCGUCCACGGCCCCACCACAUGCGACCCGCAGAGAGAGUCAUGGUGGGCAAUGCUCCACGAACGCCUCCACAGAUUUAGCGAGGCGCACGAGGUUGUUCUUCUAGGGGAUUACAACACCCACUUUGCAGUCCCCAUACCAGGUUUUGCGACAGAACUGCGCCAGACUCGCAAGAUCCUCCGGCAGGCGGUUCGCCAAGACAUCCAACACCGAAUCGUCACAGUUGCGGCAGAAGCUGAACAUUGUGCUAGGACACACAAAGGACUCCCCCUAGUCCUUACAGCCAACGGCGCUCCGGCCACCACGGCAGAGGAGGUCGAAGACACAUGGGUGCAGCACUUUGCAGGCAUCGAGGACGGCCGCAAAGUCCAGCCUGCUCAACUUGCAGCGUCCUGCAUGUCAAUACAAAGCGGUCGGGAUCUUGAUCUGAUCUCCUUCAACAGGGAUGACAUCCCGAGCCGGAUCGAGCUUGAAGCUGCGCUCCGAGCGACCUCGACAGGCCGAGCAUCAGGCCUCGAUGGAGUCCCCGGGGAGGCCCUCCACUGUGCAGUUGCGGCGGCGUCUGAGGCUUUGUAUCCGUUGCUGCUCAAAACCAGCCUACGGUUGGCCGAACCGGUUCAGUUCAAAGGGGGCAGCCUAGAGGCUGCCUGGAAAGGCAAAGGCUCGCCAGCAGUCUGUGCCUCCCACAGAGGCAUCCUCAUCUCAGCAGUCACAGGAAAGGCCUUCCACCGUCUGCUCCGAUCUCGAUGUGUUGGACCGCUGGCAUCGGUCACCUCUCCUUUGCAGCUAGGAGGACUCCCUUCUUGCCCAGUGACAGCUGUCUCUCAUUCGGUUCGUCUCUUUGUCGCUGCGGCUCGAGCUCAUAAGCAAUCGUUUGCUGUCCUGUUUUUGGAUCUCCAGGAAGCAUUUUAUCGAGUUUGCAGACCCUUGCUUACCGGUGCACAGCUGAGUGAUGAGGCCAUUGCCAAAGUUGCAGCUACCAUCCGGUUGCCACAUGGAGUGUUGCACGAACUCCAUUUGCACUUAACAGGGAAUUCUGUCUUUGAGGGUAGUGGGGCCAGCUCCUGGCUGUCCGGCGCCAUGAAUGAGGUGCUGGAGGCUACAUGGUUCCGCUUCAAAGCAGGCCCCUCCCUUGUGCAAACUGGUAUCGGAAGCCGUCCAGGCGACAACUGUGCCGAUAUCAUCUUCUCUUUCCUCUUCUCCAGAGUGCUCCAAGAGUUAUCCAAGGAUAUGGCGGCCAGGGGAUGCACGACCCAAUUGCCAUAUCACGAUUCCAUGCGCGAUGACAUCUUCAAUUCGGGAGCUGUGCCUCCGCAAUCGACUGAUAUCUUCGAUGCUACUUGGAUGGAUGAUCUCGCACUCAUGAUGCUGUCCGACUCAGCAGAGUCAAUAGUUACCAAAGCUGGACAUGUAACGGGAUUGCUGGUUGACGCUUGCUUAUCUAGAGCACUCCUACCCAACCUGGCCCGGGGCAAAACAGAGCUCAUUAUCGUACCCUCGGGGACUGGCUCGAAAGGCGUCCGUGCAGGCCUUUUUAGGGACAAGGAUCCCUCCAUCGAGAUCCCCUCAAGACUGUGGCCUGGGGCCAGAGUGCGAGUGGUCAACUCCUACCGACAUCUAGGAGGUACAAUCCACUUCACGGGAGACCUCUCAAGAGAAGUCAGGUCCAGGGUCGCACUUGCUCAUGAAGCGUUCCAGAAGAGAAAGCGCCAUAUCUUUGGGUCCCCAACUGUCCCCAAGGAGGCAAAGGCCACCCUGUACAACUCACUUAUCCCCUCGGUGCUCCUGCAUGGGGCCGGUACCUGGCCUGGACUCAGUGCGGCAGCGCUCUCCUCCCUGAGUUCUGCGUAUGAGAGGAUGGCUUGUCAUAUGUGUCGGCCACACUGGGACUUUGAUCAAGCCCUUCAUUCCGGUAGAGAUCAGGUCCUUGCUUAUCUGGGACUUCCCUCCGUUGCGGUCCUUCUGCACAUCCACCGCCUCCGACAUCUGCUGUUAUUUGUCCGUUUGCAGCUGGGACAGCUCUGGGCCCUUGCACACUGGGAAAAUGAUUGGCUCGCCACUGUCCGUUUGUCCCUUGCAUGGCUUUGGGACAUUGUCCGAUCCUCUAAGGAUAUGAGAUCCUGGGAGGACAUCUGGCCGGAGUGGCUUCAACUGCUACAUACGGCCCCCGGCAAGUGGAAGAGCCUGCUCAAAAGAGCCCAGGCCAGAGCCGUCCACAUCGAGGCAUGGCAGGCUGCCUACCACAGACACUGCGCACUUCUUGUCCACCAGCUUCAACGUAACGGAGCCAUCUCUUACGGCUCGACGCUGGACCAACAGGAUCAGGUGCACUGCUGCGCGCUUUGCCGCACCACCUUCUCCACCCGACAGAAGUGGUCGGUGCACGCCUUCAAGUGUCAUGGACGGCGUAUGGCCGGGAGAGGUAUUCUCCCGGGCCUACAGUGCCAAGCAUGCCUCCGUACUUACCCCAGUAAUGUCAGACUCUGCCGGCACCUUCAGUAUUCCCUCCCUUGUCGUGCAAAGCUACUAUCCUUGGGCUACUCAUGCAGUGUAGAACCCGGCGUUGGACACCGCAAAGAUGACGACAAGGCCGUUGGUUUAUGCCCAGCUUUGCCUGGGAGUGGACCACUCCGGUUGUUCCCACAGCUUCCUGAUGUCCACCAGGAGGUCUGCCCUGUCGCCGAGGUGUGGGACUGUUUGCGGCUUGUCGACUUCGACGGCCCCAUAACGGACCUUUCGGAUGAAGAGUUGUGGGACCGUUUGCGCCUGUCGUUCUCUUGUGUCUGCGCAUCGACUGAUCGCCUUAGGGCGACGGCCUUGUCUUGGGCCGAGUUUCUACAUGCCACGGAUGGCAGCACCCGACUCGUUGACUGUGCGGAGUGGAUCAGUACGACCGACAUUGUUGCUUGGCUUGUGCCCACACCUACUGUCCGCCAGUCCAUGUACCGAACCUACAGAGAUUCUGUCCACAUUAUUGGUCUCCUUGACACCUCCCCGAUCCAACCGGGAUCUCCUGGCCCUCUCACUCCGGACCUUGUCUUUCUCCGGGUUCAUUCUGGGUCGAGGGUGUCACCACUGUCGCUCUGCGACCGCUGCUUUCUCGAGUUCACUCAUGAUGAAUGCCUUUUGGCUUUCGCCAGGGGGGAUCAACCAGCGUUCUUUGAUGGCCCUUUUGACGAUGUCGCUUUUGCUAUUGACCUCACGGGGCUUCCACUCCUCCAGACUUUGCCGUGUCUGGAUUCUGGCCUCUCGUCUGGUCAGGCGGAACUCGGAAAAGCCAUUCUCGGCGCUGACCUCCUUCGCUUCUUCUUGAGGCUGAUUCUCCUACGUGUGCCGGCUAUCCUGGUCGUGUCGCCCACGACAGAUCUCUGCAUCCAGUCAGUUUCUACACUAUCAGGGAUCCGAGCCUUUAGCACAGGAGAGCACCGAAUACUCUCGAAUAGCAGCGACCUUCUCGGUCACUUUUGUCUCACUCCAACUUAA